GUUGUUGCAGAGGAGAUGGACGAGAUGGCGAAGCUGAGGGAGCACUAUGUGGCUAGGAGCGGCUUGGUGGCAGGGGAGAAGAGGUCUCCCAGUGCGGAGGUUGAGAAAGAAAAGAAAAAGAAGAAAAAGAAGAAGAAAGAGAAAGAAAAGGAAAAGCGGCCUGAGAAGGCGAAGUCAGACAAAGAGGACACAGAGGAUGAGCUAGGGCAGGAGAGAGGACAAAAGAGGUUGAGGAGCCUGUUCAGUGGGACCUGUCUGGACCCACGUAUGGAGGAACGUGCCAAGUUGCUCCGAAGGGCACGAAAGAUGGGAAAGAAAGAAGGCAAGAAGCGCAAGCGGUCUUCAAGUGAAGGGUCUUCUUCUGAUAGCUCGACUUCGGAGGAGGAUGAAGAGGUUGAGACGGGCGAAGGAUUGUUUGCCGAGAAGAAAAGAGCGUUGCGCCUGACUCAGCAGUAUCCCGGAUGCCUGGGAGCUCAAACGAUAGCGGGGAUGAAGGAGUCAUUGAUGACCAGUAGCGGUACCCUCCAUUCGUUGGACCGCAAGUCAUUGCCUCCCCUCUACACGCAGUACUAUCGCAGUGAGCUCCACUCCUUGGUUUCCCCUUCAAUGGGGCAAGAGCUGCUAACCAUCAGUCAGACGGCUGAUUUGCCCUCGAACAACAGGCACGAGGAGCGCACUGGACAGUUGCGCGCCAGCUCGAACUGGUGUCAGCAGAUUCGGUUAGGUUAUCCCAAGGAGCCGAAGGAGCUGAAGCCGCUAGGCAGCAACGAUUGCACGUCGCCAUCACUGCUGCGAAAAGAGGAGCUCCCUUCGUUUGGUUCGGGCAUAGAGGCCGAGAGGGCCCAGCUGGAGUUGAAUGGAGGGGAGCGGGUUUUUUCCAAGCCACUUGAGGCGGGCUCCCAGUGCAAUGAUCGAGUUGAAACGCAUUGGAAGCCUUCUAUGCCACAAGAUGGUAUGCGUGUGGAAGCGGAGAUGGACACCAGUCAUGCCUCCCAGUAUGACAGAGGUGUGACGGAGCAGCAGCUUGAUGAUGCCGGCCGUUGCGAGAUCACCUAUGACACAGCGGACAACAGAGGACCCGGCUGGCGACUGGCCUUUGAGCC